UCUCUCUCCUCCUCUACCUGAAUUCCUCUCUCUCCUCCAGGAAGCGGGCGAGGCGACGAGCGAGCGAGCGCGCGGCCGGAGGGAGGAUUUCGCGGUGGCCUGCCCCCGCCCCGGCUCGGGGUCGCCGCUGCCGCGAGGUGAAACAAAUGAAUCGUGACGAAUGAAAAGUUAAACCAUGUGCCACAGUUGAAUGGUUCCAUUGCCACCCUGUUUGGCAGAUUUUGUUCAUACGAGCUCAUCUUCAAGCUUAUAUGGGUACAGUUGCUGCAUAGGUAAUUUGAGCAAGUCCCAGCCACUGACAGAUUCUAAAGCAAAAACAUCUGUGAGAAAGAAGCCUUACCAUUCAUCUGCUGGAAAAAGAAGGCAAUGCUCAUCAGGCCAAGAAGCAAUGGAGAACAAUGUUAGUGUAUCAGUAUCCCUUGAGGGAAAUAUAUCAUCACUUCCCAACUCUAUCAUCAAUGAUUCUAACGGGAAAGACACCUCAUUCAUCAAUCAUGCGGCUAUAGCAUGGGCUGAUAUGAGAAGGCAAUGGACCGGAGACCAGGAGAAAGUUCCCAAAGAGGCAUCACGAGAGCCGAUAAUAAGCUGGUGCACAACAUAUGAUGAUCUGUUGUCGACAAGUGAGCGGUUUCCUCGGCCAAUCCCACUAUCUGAGAUGGUUGAUUUUUUGGUUGACAUAUGGCAUGAAGAAGGGCUCUAUGAUUAGUUGAGUUUGACUGUUUAUGAUAGUUUUCUGGAGAAAAAAAAGAAAGAAAAGAAACUACAAAGUAUUCACAAAUUGGGAAUUGGGAAAGGAAAAAAAACUGUUGUAAAAGCUACUACAAUGUGUUGAUAUGAUUUCUUUCCAGUUGGACAUUAUGCUGUCAGAUGUUGCAGACAUGCAGUUUGCUGAACGAUCACAUAUUGACAUGUCAUAGGUAUAAACUGAAAGGAAAAAGUCUACCAUAUGUCCCUUAA